AUGAGCAAAGGCGGCCGGCGCCGCCUCACCUGCAGCCAUGGCCCCCCGCGACGGACGCGCGCUCCACGCGCUGCUCGCGAGCCUCUGCCUUCUGCUGGCGGCGGCGCCGGCCCGCGCUGCCGACCACGAACAGGCUCUGAACGUUCAUCCAACCAUCAACAAGAACAGGCAAGACAUCAUUGUACUGAUUGUCAGUCUCCAAACACAGAUCCAUCAAGAAAUGCUUUGACCUGCACAGCGCAAUGCCCAUUGUGUCCUGCCUGUCCACCAGCUCUAACUUGUCCUCCCCCAUGUCCCACCAUUCCUCCGUGUCCUGCGCCCUCAAAGUGCCCAGCCCCAUGUGCGGCGUGUCCCACCUGUCCCACAUGUAAGAAGCCAAUUCCUCCAGGCUACGAACACUUCAAAGGACUGGGCUAUUACCGUCUACACACAGUACCAGUAGACUGGAUGACGGCCAAAAUAACGUGUGAGCGAGAAGGUGCCUAUCUCGCUAUUAUCAAUUCACAGGAAGAAGCUAAUUUAAUGAAGACUUUAUUUAACCGGGAUCCUGACAUUGGAAACUGGUUGUACUUAGGAUUUCACGACCUUUACAAAGAAGGAAAAUUUGUAACUCUGUUUGGUGAACCUCUGUCAAAAACUGGUUACACCGUUUGGAAUCCCGGCCAACCAGAUAAUCACCACAACAAUGAAAAUUGUGGUUCAAUGUAUCCUAGCGCUGCUGAACAUGCUUCCCACAAACAUUCAGUAGAAGGAAAACACCAUUCUGAAUGCCCCUCUCCCAAUCCAAAUCCAUCACAACCUUCUUUGGUCUGUACAGCUCAGUGCCCAUUAUGUCCAACAUGUCCACCUACUCCAUCAUGUAUUUCUCCAUGUCCAACGAUUCCCAAAUGCCCUGAACCUCAGAAAUGCCCUAAUCCAUGUGCAACAUGCCCAACAUGUCCCACCUGCAAGAAGUCUAUACCCCCAGGAUACGAGCAUUUCCCAGGACAUGGAUAUUAUCGCUUACACACAGUUCCAGUUGACUGGAUGACAGCUAAAGCAACAUGUGAGCGAGAAGGUGCAUAUCUUGCCAUUAUCAAUUCACAGGAAGAGGCCAAUCUAGUGAAGAAAUUAUUUAAUCGUGAUCGUGAUGUUGGAACUUGGCUUUACCUAGGAUUCCAUGACUUAUACAAAGAAGGAAAAUAUGUAACCCUGUUUGGUGAACCUUUGUCAGAGACUGGUUACAUCACAUGGAGUCCUGGUCAGCCUGAUAAUUCACACAACAAUGAAAAUUGUGGGUCAAUGCACCCUGAAGGUGGACUUAAUGACUUGAAUUGCUCAGUCAAGAAACCUUUUCUGCUGAACAUGCUUCCCACAAACAUUCAGUAGAAGGAAAACACCAUUCUGAAAGUCCCUCUCCCAAUCCAAAUCCAUCACAACCUUCUUUGGUCUGUACAGCUCAGUGCCCAUUAUGUCCAACAUGUCCACCUACUCCAUCAUGUAUUUCUUCAUGUCCAACGAUUCCUAAAUGCCCUGAACCUCAGAAAUGCCCUAAUCCAUGUGCAACAUGCCCAACAUGUCCCACCUGCAAGAAGUCUAUACCCCCAGGAUACGAGCAUUUCCCAGGACAUGGAUAUUAUCGCUUACACACAGUUCCAGUUGACUGGAUGACAGCCAAAGAAACAUGUGAGAGAGAAGGUGCAUAUCUUGCCAUUAUCAAUUCACUGGAAGAGGCCAAUUUAGUGAAAAAAUUAUUUAAUCGUGAUCGUGAUGUUGGAACUUGGCUUCACCUAGGAUUCCAUGACUUAUACAAAGAAGGAAAAUAUGUCACUUUGUUUGGUGAACCUUUGUCAGAGACUGGUUACAUCACAUGGAGUCCUGGUCAGCCUGACAAUUACAACAACAAUGAAAAUUGUGGGUCAAUGCACCCCGAAGGUGGACUUAAUGACUUGAAUUGCUCAGUCAAGAAACCUUUUGUGUGUGAGCUACCUGUCUAAAUAGCAAUAAAUAAUAUUUUCUGUUAAAUGAGAAAAUGAAAGAAUUUAGGUCAGAAAAAUUACCCUUAAAACAAAUUAAACAAUAUUUUUGAAGACAACUUUUUGUAAAUUAUAUUUUUGUGCUUUCUGAAUUUCAAGUGUAUUGUUAAUCGCAAUUAGUGAUUGUAUGAAGUAAUUUUCUCAAUAUAUUUUAAAAAACUGGAGUUAUUAAUUCAGAAAAAUUCUGUGAUGAAACAACAUAAUCUUUAAUGUUAUAAA